AUGAAAGAAGUCUUUCGAGAGGAUAGUAACGGGCCCAACACUAGGCCGAGCGCAGCGAUCACGCAGCAGACAAUUUGGGAACCGGUCGAUCUUCCUGUGGCUGCCGGAGCUGCGGUAGUUGCAACACAGCCAUGCAACAAUCGUGACAGCAUUUCAGAGAAUCUAUGGGCAGAUGCGUACAAGAUGCUUCGGGAGAGGGACAAGGAUCUCGUUGACGAGUUUGAGAAGGCAUUGGGCAGCUCUUCGGACAGCGUGGGAGAGUCGCUCUCGAACCCCGAGUCGGUCACGAAACUAGUCGAGCGCUUACGCAAAGAGCAUGACGGGAAGAAGUUGACAUUCAGAUAUGGAGGGGAAGAGCGCAGAUAUCGCGAUCAGUUCAACAAGAUUGUGAAGUUGGCUAUAUUCGCCGAUUCGUUGAUCAAGCAGGCACUUGCUACGCAGCCGCAUGCUGCUUUGGCAUGGACUGGAAUGUCAAUAUUACUUCCUUUGCUAUCUUCCGCAUUGACAAAGGAGGCGGCCUUGGUCAAGGGUCUCGCAGCAGUUGGACACGUACAACUGUACUGGAAGUCAUGCGAAGAUACAUAUCUCAAGCCUUCCACUGCCAGUAACUUUGAGAACAUAUUGAGACAGCUGCCGACGGUGUAUUCGCACAUCCUGGAGUAUCAUUUCCACGCAAUCUGCUACCUAGCCAAAGAUAGAAAGCGUCGCGUCUUGCAGGUGACCACGGGUUGGACUUCGUGGAGUGACAAAGCAGAUGAGGUUGAAAAAGAGAGCGAUUUUUGCAAGAAUCUUCUGCAGCCAGCGCACCAUACCUCCCUUGAAAGCGUGAAUGAGGCCAAGCUACAAAGGAUGGAUGGCUUGCUCAAGGCCAACCUCGACAUUGCAAAGGUGAUGAAGGAGAACAGGGCUGAAGAUAUGGAAAUACAAAUUUGUGAAAACCUCAAGAGAGUUGCGGGGAAGUACGAAACUGGUAAAGACGGUAACCUUAAACACGUCGAAGGUACUUGUGAGUGGUUUUUCGGCAACAAUGACUUCUGCGAUUGGCGAGACGGCACAGACAGCGGUCUAUUCUGGGUAUCGGCAGAUCCUGGAUGUGGCAAAUCUGUUCUAUCACGGGCGCUGAUUGACCAUGGGCACCUCAAGAGCACCGUUUCAACCUUUGACAUGACGUCGCCGGGAGCUACAGUGCAGGAAAGAGACAACAUCGUCUGCUACUUCUUUUUCAAGGAGGAUGUUCAAGGACGAACCAGGCUAGUGAAUGCUUUUUCUGCCAUCCUUCACGAGCUAUUUGCCCAGGAUACAACAAACCAGCUCAUCCAGCAUGCAGUGGUCCAUCACAAGCUCAACGCCAAAUUUAUCUCCGAAGAGUUCAUACUUCUCUGGAACAUCUUGGUCGCAUGCUCGUCGUCCUACUCAGGCGAGGGCGUUAUUUGCGUUUUGGAUGCACUGGAUGAGUGUGAGCGGGAAGAUCCGAAUUUACUCAUGGAGAAGCUGCAAUGCUAUUAUGCCGCCAGCCAGGGAGAGCAAAAGCUCAAGUUCUUCAUAACAAGCCGGCCUUAUAAAACAAUCACGCGGCUAUUCGACCGCUUUUCAAAGAGGGCCAAGCUGCUUCACCUUGACGGCGACGACAAGCAUGAUGAAGUUAGUCGUGACAUGGAUCUUGUCAUCGAUGCUCGGCUUGAUGAUAUCACAGAGUAUUUCUCGCAAGAAGACCGCUUGAAAGUACGGGAGCGCCUCAGAGGGCAGGAUUCCAAGACGUAUCUCUGGCUACAUCUGACAUUCAACAUAAUCCAAAACAGCCCCAGCAAGUAUAGUCGCAGCUGGGAUGUGGAUGAGCUUCUGUCCAGUAUUCCACCAGAGGUCUCACAGGCUUACGAGAAGAUUCUUGAUCGAAGCGACGAUGAGGAAAAGACACUCAUCCUGUUACAACUUGUCUUGGUUGCCGAAACACCAUUGACCCUGGCCGAGGCAAAUUAUGCGUUGACCCUCGCAGGUGCUUCGACAAAGCCGCAGAAGCACGACGAUCUGACGGCGAGGUGCUACGGGGCUGAUUUUAGAUCAACAGUAAAGAGUCUUUGCGGGCUCAUCAUCACAAUUCACGAUGACUGCCUGCAUUUCAUCCAUUUGACCGCGCGCGAGUUUCUGAUGUCCGACAAGCCAGAGACUGGCUUGAAGUGGAAGGGUCGCUUUGCUUUGGGGCCAGGACUGCACGAAGAAAUGUCUCGCUGCUGUAUUUCAUACCUACUUUUGGACGAUUGGAUUGAAAUCGCAGCCGAAACAGUGACUUUUCAAAAAGAACAGGACCAAGAGAAAAGGUUUCCGCUGUUGAACUAUGCCUCACGAAACUGGAGCCAUCACUUCGGUCAAUUAAGCGAGAGUAUGCGCACGCCCAUCAAGAAAGAUGCCCGACGUCUACUAGACGCUGGCGGACCCUACAUCAAACUCUGGGGGCGCCGAUUUCUGUCUGAGAACUCAUUUCUUGGGGCUGAUGAUUUCAACGGCUGGACUGACCUCGCCAUUGCUAGUCUCCUUGGUCUACAUGACAUGGUCGAGGGGAUGCUGGUAUAUGAAAAAGUCGGCGUCGACCCAUCCGACGGUAUAGGUUGGAGUGCAUUGCACGCUGCUAUACGUGGAAAAUAUGAAAGUAUAGCAGAGUUACUUCUCUCUCAUGGAGCUGACGUUCGUGGCAGAGGAUCAAAAGGCGGCCCGCCACUUGAUAUCGCCAUAUUUUACGCGGACUUGAGUCUCGUGCGGCUUUUACUGUCUUAUGGCGCAGAUCCCUACGACCCUAUUCCUCGUAUGUUUAAUAUCCAGGAUUCCGUCGAGCUGGCGGCCCAGACUGGCGAGAUUGAGGUCUUCCGGGCCGUGGUCGGCAGCGGCAUCGAUUGGAGUACUGAGCAAGGCUUGAAACAAGCCGUCGCAGACAUGGCCAAAAGGGAUACUGAGCGACAAGCUUUGGCGUUGUUUCUGAACCACUACACUGGACCCAACAUCACUGCCGAGCUGCUCAUGAGAGCUUUCACCGACAAUGAUUUACGAACACCGACCAGUAAAGUUCAACAUUUGCUGAAACAUGGCGGUGAAAAUGUUCAGGUCGACGAGCGGCUACUAUGGGCAGCCGCUUGCGCACGCGGAUCGAAACCGCUCGCAAGCCUACUCGAGAACCAGCGAGUUAAGACGCAAAUGACGCCACGGGUAAUGCAGGCGGCGAUUGAAAGGUGCGAUGCAUUUGCGUUGGCGAAGUUGGAGUUGGUUCUGAAACUCUUGGGAUCACGGGGAGCAGGCAAUCAGGAGUUUUUCGCCUCUGUGGUCGCUAGUGGUAGCAGAGACUUCAUCGAAAGAUUUUUGGAAUACGUCGACUGUGCCCUGGUUCCAUCGGAAAACGUUCUUUGCUGCGCCGAAGCCAAUGACUCGGCGGUGCUCUCUUUCCUGAUGGAGCGUUUUGGCAAGAAGAUAACCAUAACGUCGAAGGUUGUUAUGGCCGCGGCUAGAAGCAUCAAGGGAAGUGAAAGUUGGUCCGAUACUACCCUGGCUUUGCUACUAGACAAGAGAAACGACGAGGUUGUCCUUACAUCGGAACUCCUUCGGGCCACUGCAUUGUAUAUGGUGCCUACCGGAUGGCUAGAGAUGUUCUCCAAGUGGAAACAUGAAGAGCUAAGGCGACAAGCACCACUCGUUCUUUUGCUCGCUGUCGAUAAGUUGUUCCGACAGUCAGAUAUACAGCUACUCGCAGAUAGCGAAUUUAUUACGGCAGGCCUGAUUACAGAAGAGGUCCUUACAGCCACCGUGAAGAGCACGUGUGCGGCGGGUAUUGACAUGCUCAAGUAUAUUUUGACCAAGUACGAGGACGAGGUCAAGAUCCCUCAGACACUGCUGGAGAAGCUGGUGGGAUACGACCACAGCCACGAGGUGGACCUGCUCGAGUAUCUUAUCAAGCAGCGGCCAGACGACUUCCGCGUUACGCGAGACGCGAUGAGCGCAGCGGCCAGGAACGGACGGGGCGAUUUCUUGGAAUACCUAUGUACCCACAGCCACGAUGACGACGUGGGUGGACUUGAACCUCAGUGGGCUUUGAUGGCUCAACUUCGCUCGGCAGCGAGGACAGGCAAUCUCGAGGACACCAAGGUGGCCGUGGAGCGCGGGGCGGAUAUCAACUCACGCAGCAUGAACGGAAAGACAGCCUUGCACGAAGCAGCCUACGGGGGCCAUUCCGAUGUUAUCGAGUUCCUGGUGGCCAGGCCAGACGUGGAUGUCAAUACUUUUGACGAAUUCGGCAAUACGCCCCUGCACGACUGUUACUGGAUACGACAUGAAGAACCGGCUCGCAAGCUCUUGUCCGGGGGGGCAACGGACCCGAACCUGGCCGAUGCGAGAGGCAGAACACCCUUGCACAUGGCCGUUUACCAAAAUCGUCUUGGUCUGCUAUAA